UAUUUGACAUGGGUUUCUUUUAAACGACGUGCCCUCUUCACUGCACGCUUGAACUCCUUCUUACCGUGACACUUCCGAUGCUGGCAGCGACGGUCUUGCUGAAAAUUCCCCAUCACAGGCGCUGGGGGAGUUCUUCAACCUCAUAGGGUGUAAAAGCUCAGGGCCUCCGAACGUGGCCCCCAGCUCACCCCAAUUCCGACAGCAACACGCGCUGCAGGUGGGGAUGAAGGAGAUCGGGACGCCGCACGCGCUCCGGUGCGUCUUCGAUGCCACCCAUCGCACCCGCAUUAUGGGCUUCUGUCCAACCAAGCCCCGGGAGCGUUGUCUCUGCAACAGCAAAGAGCCCUUUGGACAGUGCUGCGGUCCGAUAAAGAAGGCGCUGGAGUCGAUUUUCAACCAUACUGGAAAAUAUCCGGUGCGAUCAUAA